CUAAUUCGUUAAUAAACGGUAAUGGCUAUUCAAGACUAAUUCUACUAACCUAUUCCAUAGAGCUGUGACUUUAAGAGCAAGUGUACCUCCCCCUCCUGCUCCGACUGUGAGCGGAUCUGUUGGUGCUGAAGCGUCCCUUUCAGUUUCAGUACCAGCCAUGGCCGAAAUUAAAACGGGCAUUUUCGCCAAAAACGUCCAGAAACGGCUCAAUCGAGCCCAGGAAAAGGUGCUGCAGAAGUUGGGGAAGGCUGAUGAGACAAAAGAUGAGCAGUUCGAGCAGACUGUUCAAAACUUCAAGAGACAGGAGUCUGAGGGCUCCCGGUUGCAGAGGGAGUUGAGGGCUUAUCUGGCAGCUGUAAAAGGUAUGCAACAGGCCUCCAUGAAUCUGACAGAGUCUCUCCAUGAAGUCUAUGAGCCAGACUGGCAUGGGAAGGAUGAUGUCAUGACCAUUGGGAAGAACUGUGAUGAAUUGUGGGAGGAUUUUCAUGAGAGAUUGGUGGACUCCACAGUCAAUGCACUGGAGAACUACCUUGUACAGUUUCCAGAUCUUAAGACCCGUGUAUCAAAGAGAGCUAGAAAACUGAUCGACUACGACAGCGCAAGGCACCAUCUUGAAACCUUGCAAGCAUCCAAUAUGAGAAGUGAGAGGAAGACCAUGAAGGCAGAGGAAGACUUAAAAAAGGCACAGAAGGUGUUCGAUGAUCUCAAUGUCGGCCUGCAAGAUGAGCUCCCAACUCUGUGGGACAGUCGAGUUGGAUUCUAUGUGAAUACAUUCAAGAGCAUCACCAGCCUGGAGGCCAAGUUCCAUAGAGAAAUAUCUUUGCUAUGUCACAAGCUAUAUGAGGUGAUGAAUAGACUGGCUGAGCAACAUUCUGACAAGAUGUUCACAAUCCAGGGAGCUCCCAGUGACUCGGGUCCACUGCGGCUGGCGCGGACCCCGAGCCCUCCGGACGACUCUCCCCCAGAGAGUCCAGACGCCAGCCCCAACCACAUGCUGAGGCCCACCUCCCCUGGCCCACCCAGACCCAAGUCCCCCUCACAGAGUGAAGAUCUCAAGAAAGGACCUCCAGUGCGGCCCCCGCCAAUGGUCACUCCCACCCCCACCCCCACCAAGGAGAUUCAGCAGGAGCAGAUUAUUGACCUGUUUGACAGCGCCUUCCCUGUACCUGCACCCUGCACCCAGCCUAACGAAAGACCUGGCGAGUCUCUACUGGACCUGGACUUUGAUGCGUUCCCCACUACUCCCGCCGGACAAUCCACAUCUCAGAACUUACCCUGGGAUAUGUGGACGGGAAACGCUGCAGCUGCACAGCCUCAGCAGCUGGACUCGGGGUCGUGGGCCGAAGGAGCGGCGUCCCAAGGGGAGGGCGAGGGCGAGGGCGAGGCUAGUGCCAGUGCUAACUCCUCACUCCCCGCCUUCCCUGACCAGGCUGCCGACACUGCCGCGGGCUUCGGUGGCGGCGCGGGCUUCACCGCCGACUGGAGCGCCAACUUCGCCGCCGACUUCGGAGCGUCCGCCGCCGGGACGGAAGGCGCUGAUCCCUUCGGCGGUGCAGCGGCUGAUCCCUUCGGCGGCGCAGCGGCUGAUCCCUUCGCCGGCGCAGACGGUGCAGCCGCCGCCCCUGCGUCCGACGGAGGGUGGCCCCCGGCGAGCGGCUGGGGGGCCACGGAGGCGACGCAGCCCCCCGCAGCAGCGGCAGAGACCGCCGGAGGAGACGAGGUGGCCAACAAUGCUUUUAAUGGAUUUCCUCAGACGGACAGUGCUGCCCCUGCCUUCGCUGCAGAUUUUGAUAAGAUGGCGGAGGGUGCGGAGGGCGCUGAGGCUGUGGUGGCCACUGAGGCCCCUGAGGCGACCGAGGGGGCCGAGGGCCAGGUCACGACCCCCCCCGCCCCCGCCGAGGCGGCUGAGACUGCCGAGACCGUGGCUACCAGCCCCCCAGGAGAGAAGGCCCCAACGCCUGCAGAAUCACCGGUGUCGGCUGACAAUGUGGAGGGGACCCAGACUGAGAUACCUGCACCUGAUGAACCUGAGAAAGAGCAACCCAUCCAUGAGGCUCCGGAAUCUGCUGCAGUACCCGAGGCAGAGGAGUCCCCCACUGCGGAGGCUCCGGCGUCUCCUGACGACAAGGGGUCUCCCAUUGAAGAGGCUCCGGCUGAGGUGGCCAAGCCCGCGGGCGAAAGUGGUGGCGGCGACGGCAACGCGGAGCCAGAGGCCGAGCCCCAGCCCAAGCAGGAGGCGGGUACUGUAGAGGUCAAGGCAGAGGAGGCAGCCAGUGCUGCUGAGGCCAAACCAGUGGAGGGGGCAGCAGACAGUGUUUCGGAGGAGGAGAAGAUGCCUAUCCCCUCUGUUGUGAUUGAGCCAGCGUCCAGCAACGAGGGAGAUGAUGACCGCGAUGUGGACAUCCUGUCCCCCACCACCACCAGCGAUAACGGGGUGCCCCCCACAUCUGACGCCCCCUCUGGCAUGCCCCCUGGCUUCCUCUAUAAGGUGGAGGCGAUG